AUGCAAAAUGAAAAGGCAUACAUUAUUGGGUGGCUUACAUUGCUUACAUCAAUUCCUGUUUUGGUAAUUCAAGUUAUAACAACUACGAUAUUAUGUUAUAAAAUUGAUUUAAUAAUAAAAAAUGUUGCAUAUUUAUUAAUAACAAUAAAUGGAUUUAUAUUUUUUAUUCAGCAAAUCAUUCACCUUGUAUCAUCAAUAUUUUAUUGUAUAUUAAAUUUAAUAUUUUUAAGUGAAAUUAAAUAUCCAAUAAUUUCAAUGCUUAAAAGAAAUCAUUUAGUUAAAUCACCUAUUAAACCAUCUAUUAAAUGUACCAGAGUUAUAUUUAAUUAA